UGAAACCAACACUUUUAGGUUCAGUCUGGAAAUGCACUAGCGACCAGUGACAAUGGUGUUUAUGUGAUCUGAUCUCCUGGCAGCCACCAUCCAGCAGAGUCUACAGCACCUCCAUCUUACCUGGAUUUAAUGUCAGUUUGUUUGCCCACACCCACCCUAAAAAUUGCUAUUAAGUGCCACUUUCUAAAGCCUCUCCUCCCUUGGAAUUUUUAGAUGGAACAGACGCUGCAGCCCAAACAUCCCAUGUGUUUCAGGCACGUGUUAAAAAGCACGGCACCCCAUGCGGUUUCUGAGCUACUUUUAUGGCAAAUCGGCGCAAACAGCACUGCCGACAACGGCUACCAUACUUUCCCGGACGUUUACCCCAUUUCCCACCCAGAUUAUAACCCACACACACCCCGCGCGCGUCCGGGAAAUUCCGGGCGCGUGGCAACCCCGGCGCGGGGUGCUCUGAGGCCCAUUCCCACAUGCGCGCACGUCUCCCUGAGGGUGGAACGAGGCGGGCCGAAGAGCGUCUCUCGCGCGCGUGUACGCGCGAUAACUGCUCGCAGGCUCCUUUUGUCUCAGUCACCCCCCCCUCCAAGCCGCCACCUCCCAUUGUUCCACACCCCCACCCUCGCCUCCUCCUCCUCUAUCCCCUCCCUCCAUCUCCCUCUCUCCCCCCCGCCUUCUGCGCUGCCCUCCUCGCGCAGCAGUCAGCGGUUCCGCCAGCCGCGCCGCCAUUGGCGGACGCUCCCCGUGACGCGACAAAAGAGCGGGGGGCGGAGCCUCGAGCCGGAGAAGCGCCGGUUGAAGCCGGUGCGCGAGCCGCCUCUCUCUCUCUCUCCUCCUCGCUUUAAAAAACAUCAACCUCUUCUUUCUCUUCCCUCCCCGAGGAGCUGCUUUCUCUUUCUUCGGAGGUGCUGUGGAGGAAGAAGAGGAGGAGAAGGAGGAGGACGACGACGACGACCGGGCGCCCAGCCUGGCUGGUUGGCGGAGGAGGAGCAGGAGGCGGCGGCGGCGAGGCGAGCUUCAGGAACUGUCAAGUUCUAGAAGAGAUUACGACUGACUGGCCUUUAAAAGGAUGAAGACGAUUGUGAAGAUGGCUUGCCUAAGGAAUUUUAAAAGGUGCAGACCACCUGAUUGAAGAUGGUGGUUCUGUGUCUUAUCCCAUUUGAUAAGUAAAUUGCCACUGUUCCAUAAGCAAGUCAUGAUUACGUUAACUGAACUCAGAUGUUUAGCAGAUGCCCAAUCAUCGUACCACAUCCUAAAACCAUGGUGGGAUGUCUUCUGCUAUUACCUCACCAUGAUAAUGCUGCUUGUUGCUGUCCUUGCUGGAGCUCUCCAACUCACGCAAACUAGAUUGUUAUGUUGUCUUCCUUGCAAGCUUGAGUUUGACAAUCAUUGUGCAGUGCCUUGGGAUCUGGUGAAAAACAACCUUAAUGUAUCCUCCAGCUCUGCAGCGCCGAUAGUGCUCCCUCUUAGAAUCCAGAAUUACCUUCAUCGACAGCAGUAUUCUUACAUUGAUGCUGUGUGUUACGAGAGAGAGCUUCACUGGUUUGCCAAAUUUUUCCCAUACUUAGUGCUUCUUCAUACUUUCAUUUUUGCUGCUUGCAGUAAUUUUUGGCUUUACUAUCCCAGCACAAGUUCAAGGCUGGAACACUUUGUAGCCAUACUACACAAAUGUUUUGAUUCUCCCUGGACAACACGUGCCCUGUCGGAAACAGUUGCUGAACAGUCUGUGAGGCCUCAACCAUUCUCCAAAUCUAAGACCUUUCUUUCCUCUCCAAGCAACAUAGCAGAAUUGGAGAACAAGCGGCAGUCUGUCUCCUACUCACAGACUGGGCUGGAAACAGCUGGAAGAGAGAGCUCUUCAAAUGUUCUAGACAGAAAAGAAGGGGAGCAAGCAAAAUCAAUAUUUGAAAAAGUCAAAAGAUUCAGGCUGCAUGUUGAACAGAAGGAUAUCAUCUAUCGUGUAUACCUAAAACAGAUUGUGAUCAAGGUCAUUGUAUUUAUAUUAAUAAUGAUUUAUGUUCCCUAUUAUUUAACCUUUAUUACACUAGAAAUUGACUGUGUGGCUGAUAUUCAAGUCUUUACUGGUUACAAGAGAUACCAGUGUGUUUAUUCACUAGCAGAAAUUUUUAAAGUGCUAGCUUCGUUUUAUGUUGUCGUGGUGAUCUUGUAUGGCCUGACGUGCACUUACAGUUUGUUAUGGAUGCUGAGAAGUUCACUCAAACAAUAUUCUUUUGAGAAGCUGAGGGAGCAAAGUAAUUACAGUGAUAUUCCUGAUGUAAAAAAUGACUUUGCCUUCAUUCUUCACCUAGCAGAUCAGUAUGAUCCUCUGUAUUCAAAACGGUUCUCAAUAUUCCUCUCUGAGGUGAGUGAAAACAAGUUGAAGCAGAUCAGUCUAAAUAACGAGUGGUCUUUAGAGAGAUUGAAAAGCAAACUGGUACGAAAUUCCCAGGAUAAGAUGGAACUUCACCUUUUUAUGCUUAGUGGUCUUCCAGAUGACAUCUUUGAACUCACAGAGAUAGAAGUUCUAACCCUAGAACUUAUUCCUGAGGUUAAGCUUCCUGCAUCUGUAAACCAGCUACCCAAUCUCAAGGAACUGAACAUUUAUCAUUCAUCAUUAACUGUGGAAUUUCCAGCACUGCACUUCUUGGAAGAGAAUUUAAAAAUCCUGCGUCUAAAGUUGGCUGAUAUGGGAAAGAUUCCACGCUGGAUCUUCUAUCUAAGUAACUUGCAGGAAUUGUAUUUGACUGGAUGUUAUAUGCUAGAAAACCAGAAUGGUCUCUACAAUGAGGGCUUUCAGGAUCUUAUGAAUCUGAAAACAAUUCACUUAAAGAAUAGCCUUUCCCGCAUACCUCAGGUGGUUACAGACCAGUUGCCUUCACUACAAAAAUUAUCUAUUGACAAUGAGGGGAAAAAACUUCUAGUGUUGACCAACUUGAAGAAAUUGCUUAACCUGAGAACUUUGGAAUUAAUCAGCUGUGACUUGGAGCGCAUUCCACAUUCUAUCUUUAGCCUGAACUAUUUGCAUGAAAUAGACUUAAAAGACAAUAAUAUACGAACAGUAGAAGAAAUCAUUAGUUUUCAACACCUUGAGAACCUUUCUUGCCUGAAAUUGUGGCACAACACCAUCUCCUACAUCCCAGUGCAGAUUGGAGCUUUAGCAAACCUGGAGCAGCUCUAUUUAAAUCAUAACAACAUAAAAAAAAUCCCACCACAACUUUUUCUUUGCCUAAAGCUACAUUAUUUGGACCUCAGUUAUAACAAGCUAACAUCCAUUCCACAUGAAAUCCAGUAUUUAACAAACCUGCAGUACCUUGCCGUGACAAAGAAUCACAUUGAGGCACUUCCAAAUGAAUUAUUUCAGUGCAGAAAGCUACAGUAUCUCCUACUGGGACAUAACAGCCUGAUGCAUUUGUCCCCUAAAGUUGGGGAACUCUCCAACCUUGUUCAGCUAGAGCUUACAGGAAACUACCUGGAGUUGCUGCCUGCCGAACUGGAGGAAUGUAACUCUUUGAAACGGAGCUGCUUAAUUGUAGAAGAACACUUGCUAAAAACUCUCCCCCUUAGGGUAACAGAGCAUAUGCAAAUGUGCUUGGACAAAGUCUGAGCUUGAGAUUCUCUGUGCAGAGCAACAAAUUCCUCUUGAGAGCUUUAAAUAAUAGCUCUAAAGGAAAGUAUAGCUGGCAAGAAGGGAAAUGCAAGGGUGUUGUUGAUUUUCCCGCAGCUCUGUGCAUUGACCCAAGUUUCUGCUGAUAAAAAACCCCACACACAUUUAAGUCUUAAGCAAACAAAAAUAAAUAUUAGGCAAGUAUAUGCAUACAUAUAUACCAUGAAUAAUUUGAAACUGGAAUUAAAGAGUGAAAGUUAAGUGGAUAGUGUAAUCGUGGUUUUGAAUGACUGGGAAAGGUGAAUAUAUAGUUUGUCCGAGUCUAGUAAGGGUUGUUUCCCCAUAACAUUUUAUUGUGUAGUUUUCAACAAAUGACUGUAAAGACCAACAAACAAAGGGUGAUAUCCAAUUGUUUUAUCCUUCUUGCAAACUGGACUUCUAUAUUUGCAAACAGGACGUACCAUUUCUCCCACUCUGCAGCUCCCCAUCAGCCCUCAUAAUCUGCAUUGGAGGGUUGGGGGAUCCUCUACAUCAGAUUGGAUGUUGACUGCAGGAGGAGGGGAGGGGGAAGUGUAAUCCACUGCAGCAGGAGACAACUCUGGAUCUCACCCAUAGCUUUUCACACAUUCGCCAUGAUUGGGUGUUGGUGACAGUGGGAGGAUCAUUGUGAAGACUAUAGUUUUCACAAAGACCCUCCCUCUGUCACCGCACCACUCAUUUUAUUAUACUGGGGAAAUGAUUUCAAAGUUGUGUUUUGCAACAGGAGAUGAUAUUUUUGUUUAUAAGUAAGUAAGAAAUUACUGCGUACACAAGUACAGUUUUCUAGUGCUUGUCUCUAAUCCUGAGGCAGCAAUAGAACCUUAAUAUAUGAUGUAGGAGGUCAUUUUCAAUAUCUGGCUUUUUUUUUCUUUUGUCUUUUGGUAUUUUCUUGCAUCUCCCCAAUUGGAGUUCUGAUGCACUACUGGGAGGAGAUUUCAAAUAUGUAUGUCAAGUUACAAGCAAAUAAGGAGAACACCACUGUUUUUAAGUAUUAAUGGAUAAUGUAGAGGUUUUUUUUUACAAAAAACAAUAAUUCAACUCUAACCUUAAAAAUAUUUGGGCAACAUCAAUUUAUCCCUUAUACACAAAGGAUGGUAUGUUACAGCAGUUUUCCAAAGCACAUGACUAAUUUAAGUCUUAUUGAUUGUAUAGUUGUACAUCUUUCAUCUUCUUUAGUGACUUACAUAAAGAAAGGUAUACCGUAUUUUUCGCUCUAUAGGACGCACUUUUUCCCCUCCAAAAAUGAAGGGGAAAUGUGUGUGCGUCCUAUGGAGCGAAUGC